CGGGAUUGCCCGAUAUGACGCUACCUACCGAGACCUAAAUUAAGCAGUUGACCUCCUGACAUCCUUCCCUGACGGCUUCCGAGUCUUUCGGAGUCGUGAAACCCAGAAGCGUCGAACUUGUUUUAUAAAGCUUUGUAAAUUAGGAGUCAUGUCGAGCGAGAUAUCUUUCCCGCUCUCACUUCCGACAGUGGACUCGCUACUGACCAUCACACACCCUCAACAAGGAAUCUGGAUAAUUGAACUGCACAAUGGACAGGAUUCCCGCCUGACAACACGAAUGAUCGACGAGGCAUUGCGGCCUGCAUUGGACGUGGUUGAACGCAGCUGGUGCGCUAUGCGCGACAAACAAACAAGCGACGGCAAAGAUAAGGAUAAGGGAUGCGGUACUCUUAUCAUUGUUGGAAGGAGAGACCAGGACAAAUUCUUCAGCAACGGAUUUGACUAUGAGACGGUUAAGGGGAACUCAUCCUUUUUCAAUGACACUGCGAACCCCUUAUUCGCACGUCUUCUCACAUACCCAAUUCCAACUAUAGCAGCGAUUAAUGGUCAUGCAUUUGCUGCUGGGAUGAUGCUCUCCCUCGCUUGCGAUUACCGAGUUAUGACUGACGGCAGUAGGCGAAGGGCGUGGAUGUGCAUGAAUGAGAUUCAUUUCGGCGCACCAAUGCCUCUGAGUUUCACUGCAAUUAUCAACGCAAAAGUGGGCUCACCAGUGAUGCGCAGGCGGGUUGCGCUCGAGGGGCAUCGUUUUACGCCAUCAGAAGCUCUGAAAGCAGGGAUAGUCGACCGCCUUGCGACCUUCACUGGCACAGGUGUAAGAAACGGAACGGAGAAAGUCCUGGAGGAGGCAAUGCAAAUGGCUAACGAAGUCAAGGUAUUAGCGAGCCAAGGUGUUUGGGGUGCAAUAAAUACGAAUUUGUACAAGGAUUGCCUGGAGGCUGUACAUUCCGAUGAUCGAGCUCAUAGAAUGUUACCGAACAGAGAGGCAAAGCUAUGAUAUGAUUUGUCACCCACAGUACGACUAUGAACGUUGUGAUAUUGAGAAUCGAUGUUGGUGGUGAGACUGUGGGGUACUGGAUGUAGGUGCUGGUGGCGGGCUGAUGUCCAGAUGGACGUGAGAGGGCGCUAAUCCGCCCUAGGGAACAA